AUGACGACGAUGAAAGCCGAGUUUCAGCGUAUUUCGCGCAUUUCAGAUCAAAAGGAGAAGACUGCAGCGUACAAGACGCUAUUGGAGGAGCACUUGCAUGAUCCAGUUAGUCUGAAGGCACUUGUGACCCACAUUCUAGGAGAAGAUGUGCUGCUGGUGAUUUCACGCGCUGUUAUCACGCAUUUGGCAUCCGUGGUCGCAGGUAUCGAUGUGGACGCACAUCCGUGGAAACUUGAAUUUAUUUGCUUCUGUCUAGCGAAAAUCAAGCCACGUAUUCUAUCUUUCGAAGAACCUGAUGUGAUGUUUCGUGAGUCGUUAGCAGCCAUGUACAUGGACGAAGAAGAGUACAUUGAAGCGGCCAAAGCAUUGGCCGCUAUAAAUCUUGAAAGCUCAACUCGUCAGUACACGGAUGUAGAGAAGACUGAAAAAUAUGUUAAAAUUGCGGAAUUGUAUCUUCAGGACGAUGAGACGGUAGAUGCCGAGAAUUUUAUCAAUCGUGCAUCGCGUUUUAUUCACAAUAUUGAGGACUGGGCGCUGAAAUUGCGCUAUCAAGUCUCGUACGCCCGAAUUUUAGACGCCAAGCGUAAAUUCUUGGAUGCUGCACUGCGUUAUUAUGAGUUUUCACAAUCUAAGCCAGAUGAAGUGGACCCAGAUGAUUUGUUAGAGCUGCUGGGCAAAGCUGUUACCUGUGCUAUCUUGGCAUCCGCUGGACCACAACGCUCACGUCUAUUGGGCACACUAUAUAAGGACGAGCGCGUCAAAACUAGCGAACACGUGGCAAUUUUAGAGAAAAUGUACAUGGAGCAGCUAAUUCGUCGUCCGGAACUUGUUCAGUUUGAAAAAAGUUUGUUGCCACAUCAGAAGGCUGUGCUGUCGAACGGUUUUACAGUGCUUGAAAAUGCUUUUUUGGAACACAAUCUGCUCGCUGCCAGUCGAAUUUACAGCAACAUAUCACUCGAAGAACUAGGAAAACUUCUCGAGAUCGAGCCAGCCAAUGCCGAACGGGUUGCCGCGACAAUGAUUGGAGAAGAUCGCAUGAAGGGCAGUAUUGAUCAGCAUAUGGGAUUUCUUGAGUUUGAAAACACGGAAGACGAGGUUCUGACUGCUUUUGAUACGCGAAUUAGCUCCAUUUGCUUCAAUGUCAAUCAAUGUGCAGAGCAGAUUGAACACCAAUACCCAGACAUUGUUCGCUCUGCGUUUACUGCCACUGCCCCUUAA